UCUCAGAAGUCGACUCGCAUUUGCAUUGGCCAGGUUCAUUUCCCUACCCUGAGAGUAAGCCAAACCGGAGCAACCACGAACUUAUCAUCAAGAGCUAUUAAUUAAAACUACCAAAGAUUAUGAAUCUAUUGUGGAACUUCGUUGUGGUCACACUGUGCGGAGUGUGCCUGGCACAGAAUUUCGGAGCGGAGCUGCCACCCGUUGAGUUCAAGCCAGUCCGAGAAUUAUCCGGCGACAUACCGACCUGUCGGGAGAGCGAUCUCAAUAUCAACGAGUGCAUCAAGCAGGGCCUCCAGCAGAUUACCCCUCGCAUGAAGUACGGCAUCAGCGAGCUGAACAUACCGCCGCUGGAUCCGUUCGAGAUGGGCAAAAGUUCCUAUACGUACAGCUCGGGUCUGCUCCAGGGACGCAUUGCCAUGAAGAACGUCGUAGUGCACGGCCUCAGCGAGGGCAUUGUGGACAAGGUCAACUUUCGUAUGAAGAACGGACAGGUGCGGAUGGAGAUUCUCUCGCACGUCCCCCAAAUGCUGGUCGAGGGCGCCUACAAAGCAGACAUCAAGCUCAACGACCUGAAGCUUACCCCAAAGGGCACCUUUAACGUCACCCUCACCGAUGUCACCAUGAGGGCGAGGCCCACAGGGGAGCUGUACGAGCGCGACGGUCACACUUACUUGCGUCUGACCAAACUGGAGACUGAGCCCAAAGUGGGCGACCUGCGUUUCUACGCCAAUGGCCUGGUGCCCGAUCCGGCUCUGAACGAUGUCAUCUUGGACUUUAUAAACCAGUACUGGCGCCAGCUCUAUCAGGCAAUGUUGCCCGAGACUCUGGCCACCUGGCAGCCGCUGCUUCUGAAGUCCUCAAACGAUUUCUUUGCUGCCCUACCAUUCGAUAUGCUGGUGACCAAGAAUUGAGAGAAUUCUUUGACUUACCUUACCAUUGUUAUAGUAUUUAAACACUUCGCUUCUAUAUGUUUUACUCAAGGUGUUAACAUAGUUUGUGUCCCAAUAAAGAGUAUCAAAUCC